CUACACACACGGACGCGCCGCGCGCCAGUUGCGUCUGUACAUACGACGGCCGUACUCGUCGGUCGACCAUCGUGCGUAGUGUCGCCGCCGCUAUUUCCUCCGAUUUCGCUGUUAUUACUAUUACUACUACUACUACUACUACUACUACUAUGGUUGUUGUAGUCGCGUGUGAGUGAGCGUAGCGUCGAGCCUGAGCGCGCGCGCCUCGAGUGAGAGUGCGAGCGAGACCGAUCGAGUGCGUGUGACGUCUGUGUGAGCGCGAGCAACGCCGCUGCGAGUGCGCGCGCCGUGUAGAACGCGAUCGUACGAAAAUGGCGUCAUCGUCGCGCGACAGCGAGCCCGGGAAAACGAUGUCGUCGCGCCACCACAAAUAUUCGUCGAGAAUCAGAACACGCAAAGAAAAGAAAACAUAUUCAGAAGAUUGGGCAUAUGGUGAUGAAGAAGAAAUUGAAGGUGUACGAUCUUUUAGUUUACAAGAAAAGCUUGACUCCACUCGUUAUUUAAAUCACAGCUUUGUUAAACAGAUGGACGGAAAAGAUUUUACAAUUUCGUAUCUUCAAAAACAUGGUUUUAUUAUACCACUAUUAUUCAAGGAUAAAACUGGUCUUGGAUUACAUGUUCCUAGCCCUAAUUUUUCUGUGAACGAUGUUCGUACAUGUGUUGGUUCGAGAAGAAUGUUAGAUGUUAUGGAUGUUAACACACAAAAGAAUUUUGAAAUGACUAUGAAAGAAUGGACUAAGUAUUAUGAAGAACCGGUGAAGGAUAAGCUUUUAAAUGUUAUUUCGCUUGAGUUUAGCCACACAAAGCUUGAAAACUACAUAAAGCGUCCUAAUAUUGUCCGAGAAUUGGAUUGGGUUGAUUGUGUGUGGCCUAAACAUUUGAAAGAAAGUCAAACAGAAUCAACUAAUGUCAUAGAUGAUAUGAUGUAUCCAAAGGUUCAAAAGUAUUGUUUAAUGUCUGUUAAAGGUUGCUAUACUGAUUUUCAUAUAGAUUUUGGUGGUACUUCAGUUUGGUAUCAUAUACUUAAAGGAAGCAAGGUAUUUUGGUUAAUACCACCAACUGAACAAAACAUCAAACUAUAUGAACAAUGGAUACUGUCUGGCAAGCAAGGUGAUAUAUUUUUUGGAGAUACAGUAGAACAGUGUGGACGUGUAUCAUUGAAUGCUGGAGAUACAUUCUUUAUACCUACUGGUUGGAUUCAUGCUGUUUAUACUCCCAAAGACUCUUUAGUAUUCGGAGGGAACUUUUUACAUUCUUUUGGUAUUGAAAAACAGCUUCGUGUUGCUGAAGUGGAAGAAUCUACUAAGGUUCCUCAAAAGUUUAGGUAUCCAUUUUUUACUGAAAUGUUGUGGUAUGUUUUGGAGCGUUAUGUUUAUUGUGAUUUGGGUAAGUCUCAUCUUACAGAAGGCGCUGAAAGUUCACCUGCACCAGUUGAACAUAUACAUUUCACUAAACAGGAACUUCAUGGAAUAAAAGCAAUAGUGAGAUAUUUGCAUGUUUUGCCACCAAAUAAAAAAAAUGUUCCUCCUCUGAUCAAGGAUGCUAUUGAAUUAAUAAGAAAUGUAGCCAUUGUGAUAAAUAAACAUAAGAAUGACAAACCUGAAGAUGCUAUAAGUGGAAAACCAAUUCUUAAAAUUCAAGGAGACAAGGAAAGAGAAAGAAGGUUUUAUAAAACAGCUGGUGAUAUGAAUGCCAAAGUAAAAACUUUAAGAAAAACAGCAACUGGUUCAGGUCCUAGGAGGAGGCGUACAAGAUGUAAAAAAUGUGAAGCUUGUAAACAAGCCGAUUGUGGAGAAUGUUCGUUCUGCAGAGACAUGGUUAAGUUUGGUGGACCUGGUCGUGCUAAACAGACCUGUGUUAUGCGUCAAUGUUUGCAGCCCAUGUUACCUAUAACUGCAGCUUGUGGAAUUUGUUCAUUGGAUGGCUGGGGUCAACAAAUUAUUAUUCCUAUACAAAAAACAGCUAAAGAUACUCCUAGCCAACUUAUGGAAUGUAGUGUAUGCUUUGAAAUUGUACAUCCAGACUGCCUAUUAAAACAACCUGUGUUUACUAAUGUUGGUACUUACAAUGAAGAUUUACCUAAUAGCUGGGAAUGUCCCAAGUGUUGCAAGGAAGGGAAGAAUUUAGAAAGCAAGCCCCGUCAUUUUCGUGCUAGACAAAAAUCGUCAGAUAUUCGUAGAACUUCUGUCAGCAGUAAUGACACUAAUCCUCAAAAACGUUAUAAAGACGAUGAAGAAUAUAGUGAUACAAAUUCUGAAAGCGAUCUAGACAACGUUUCUAAUAAAAGACUGAAAAUUGAGAAAAAAGAAAAUUUAUCAACGGAACGUUCACCACCUUUGCCUUCAACGGAACCGCAGCCGUCGCCCUGUAAAAACGCAAUGCAACAAGUUCCGACUACCGCUGCUGCACCCGUCGAAACCAGUACCGCCGACAAGUCUGAUUUUGAGAACAAAACUCCUCAUAAAAAAUUCAGACGAAAUCUGACCGAAGAGAAGAAACCCGCGACAUCCGAGCCCGGCACGAGCGGCGGCAACAGCUCGAACAACGCACCCAUGGUGGCGAUGGCCGCGGUGGCGCCGUCAUCUCCGGACGUGAAGUCGUCCAACGGGGACGGAUCGAAGAAAACCAGCAAACGACCGGCCGAGCCGGCUGAGAUGAACGUGAUGGAAGCGUUCGACCGGUGCAUCGUCAAACAGUCGUCGUCGUCGUCGUCAUCAUCGUCGCCGGCCGUGAUCAAGAUGGAGGCGGCCGAACGGCCUUUUGAGUCGGCCAACACGGUGGCCGAUUCUGGCGUGAUCGUCAAGCGGGAAAAGCUGUCGCCCAUACGCAUUUCCGAGUACAUACCCGAAACGAAGGCGGCCCUGGAGCAACCGUCGGCCGGCGGUGGUCCAGUGUCCGGAAGCGUCAAGAUCGAGGAGGAGAUCCGGACCAACGAGCCUAUCGCCAACAACGCGGACGUGCCGAUCGACGAGAUCCUGUCCAAUUCGAAAAAGAGCAAGCACAUGCCCAAGUACGUGAUCCGACCGGUACCGAAAUUGGACACGGACGAGAAGGACAAGGAUCCGCGGAAGCGGUGUACCACGCUGGUGCACGUGUUCAAGUUCCUGUCGGCCGAAGAUCUGAAAAAUUGUUCGCUGGUGUGCAAAGACUGGUACACGGCCACCAUCAGCCCGGCACUCUGGAACCGCAUGGAUCUCACCGAGACCGCCAUCACCCCUAAACUGAUAAAGUACGUCAUGGUCAGACAGCCCAAAGUGCUGAUUCUGGACUGGUGCAAGAUCACCAAGGAACAACUGUCGUGGCUGCUCGUCCGAUUGCCGCAGAGCAAGGCGCUGUCGCUGCAGGGCUGCCCCUGGUCCACGGUGUCGUGCCUCCGGUCGUGCGUGUGCCCGAUGCUCACGUCGCUGAACCUGAGCUUCGUGCCCACCAUGGACGACGCCGCUCUGCAGCACAUCCUGUCGCCGCCGCUGGACCACCGGCCCGGGCUGCUGGACCUGGCCUGCCGGCUGUCCAACCUCAGGUCGCUGAAGCUGGCCGGCAGCAACGUGACGGACGCGGGCGUCCAGACGAUCGUCCGGGUGCUGCCCAAGCUGUCCAUGCUCGACCUGUCGCAGUGCUACCCGAUCACCGACGGCGGCGUGGAGCAGCUGACCCAGAUGAGCGGGCUGUCCACGCUGCAGCUGUCCGGGUGCACGGGCAUCAGCGAACAGUCGCUGAAGCUGCUCGGCAAGUGCAAGAGCCUCACGUACCUGGACCUCAGGCACACGAAGCUCACCAAGUCGUCCAUCAACAAGUUCGUGUCCAACCGGGAGGGCUUCAAGGCGUUCGACAGCAAGCUCAUCGUCAAGGUCGACAAGUCCUGAUACAGGCUUGACGCUCCCGAACAUUUGGUCUUCGGAUUUUAAAACCGCAUAUCAUAAUUUCGGCGGCGGCGGCGCGCAGCGGUGCGUGUACAUGAGAAAAAAAAAAUUAUUUAUAUUUUAUUGUACACUGUGUACAUAACAUAAUUCUACGUGUAUAUAAUAUAUUGUGUAUAUAUUUGUUUAAAAUUGAUAACGGUCGUUUCGUAAACGCGCGUACAGUAUUAUUAGUGUGUGUACGAGAGUGAAAUAAUAAUGUGUAUACCUUUUUUAACCCCCACACAAGUCCGUGUUUGUAUUUUUUAAGACUAGGAAUAAAACAAUAUUUCACGCGAAGUCGAGGGCGGUCCGUUGUCGUGGCGUGUGUGUGAUGUUUCGUGACACGACGAAGGCGCGAUCGAGUUGUCGCCGUGUUUUUUCAACAGAUUCAUUAGUCUCGUCGUCCGUGCCGCCGCGACACGGCGGGGAUGUUUCCAGGUUUUUAAUAUUUUUUAACACGAUAUUUAUCUCUAUAUAUUUAGUAUAGAAAAAAAAAAUAGUACUCUAUGUUAUAUCACGCUUAUGAGUUAUUAUCAUACGACGUUGUUUUUUGUAUUUUAAGUGUCUAUACAUUAUUAUACUGUUAUAUACGCACAAUUUAUUAUUACACACUUCUAGUAAUAAUGCUUACCAUAAUUUUAUCUAAGUCGUCCGAGAGAGAGUAGUACGCGAGUAUGCGCGCGUGUUUGAUACGUAUAUUUUAUAGUGGACGUAUUGUGUUUUUACGAAUAAUUCUUUCUGAUAAUUUAUUUUAAACUUACAUUAUAUUGUAAAUAAUAUAAUCAACACAGAGUAAACAAUAAACAAUAAACGAACAGUAAAGAAAACAUAUUU